AUGACCCUUCACGGUAUCGGUAUCCUCAUUACGGCUGUGGCCAUGGUAUCUAUGAUACCCAUGGUAGCGGCCAAGAUGGCGCAGUCGACUAAUGUCAACAUUCUCUUCCCGGGCCUGCAUGGUAUGAACAUGAACGACGUCGAAGGAAGUGUCGUGAGUGCCGAUGCCACAGCCACCACGAUUCAGAUUGACUGCCGAUCUAGCGCGACCAGUCAAUGUACCUCUUCCGGUUAUCUCUUACCCCAGACUCUCACUGCCGGUCCGUCCUUCCAGGACUUCCAUUACGAUGUCACCAGCUUUUGGAACAAAACUAUCUAUAUCGUCACUGGGACUUUGGACUGCAACGUCACCGGGUCUACGCUCGGUGCCUCUUGCUACUUCUCGACCAGCACAUGGAUCUCCAGCGGCACGAACAGCAACUCCUCGGUAUUCGCUACGACUGCCUCCAUAUCUUCGUUCAACUUGAAGUACAACACCUUGGCGGUGUCAUCGGGCUUGGAGAACCUUCCCACCGCAACUGCUGCCACGAACGCGUCCCCAGGCCAUACAGGGACAUCAACAUCCACUCCAACUACAACCACUGCAAUGACACCAGAACAUCACUCGUCCUCAGAGGCCUGGAUCGCGGGCCCGGUGGUCGGCGCCGUUGCUGGCUUGGCUCUGGCUGCAGCGGCGGUGUUUUGGUUCGUCAGUCGCAGGCGUAAGAGCAAUGCAGAUCCUGUCUACUGGAAUACAACAGAAGGAGCGCCAGAGAUCUCAGAGCACCAGGCAUAUUUACCAGCGCAGAAUGCUCAAAUUGGAGAGCUUCCAGCGAAGAGUGUGCCAGCAGAAUUAUCAGCUCCACAAAAACCCCAUGAGAUGCAGUGA